GGAGCACAAUGCCGUCCGCCAGCCGGAUCGAGAUCAUACAGCCGUUCGCGCGGUUGCGGCCGAUACUGCUCCCGCUCCUCGACAUGCCCGAUGCUGCUGCCGCCCGUCGACAUGGCCAUUGCUUCUGCUGUCUUGCUGGUCGCCCGGCCUGCAGCCCAGUCGAGCUGGCACACCCAACGCCCUCUACCAUUGCUGCUGAUCCCGACGACACCGAAUCGCAUCCGCGCCUGCUGCUCGCCGAGCCCCAAAACAAUCUAUCGACAAUGAUCAAGGAAAAGCAGGGCCAAACUUGGUCCUCAAUAAAGACUUCGCUGGGGCUCCUGGAGGAUCCCUUUGAUCCCCCGGAGGAUACCCAAGUUAUUACUUCGACCGAACGAUAUCCCCGCUCGAUCAUCUCGGACGAAGAAAUGGUCAUCAUCACCUGCUCCCGAUGCAGCAAGCCCCUCGUUAUACCCGCCUUUGCCCGACACGCAGAACACUGCUCAGGAGACACGUUGAUGCCCGAGACCGCUGCGGCAGUGCUGAUGCCAUCGGCGACAGAAACAGCCAAGAUUCCAGGAACAGCCCGGUCCAAGGUUUCGAAGCGCAAGGCCGACGAUUUGGACGGUGGGCACGACAAGUCGGGCGAAAGGUCCGGUGACAAGUCGGAACAGACACCGCCAAAGCUGACCAAGCUGCAAAUCAAGUCUAAAACACCCUUGAAUCUCGAUGUCCAGUGCGGCGUUCCCAUCGACGGCAACAGCCGAUGCCUCCGCUCCAUCAGCUGCAAGAUCCACUCGGUCUCCCUUAAACGGGCCGUCCAGCGCUCGCUACCAUACGACCAGCUUUACUUUAUCCACAUCAAUCGCCAGAAAGGCACAAGCUUCACAGAUCCCUCCAAGGCUGCUGGAUCAGCAUCGGCGACGGGGGCAGCAACUGGCUCUGAGGUCAUGUCGAUGGAGCAGGAGUCUGCGGCUGUGUUCAAUGCCCUGCGCCGCAACCACGCCUUACCGCUGGCGACGCCCAACAGCUACUCGUACAUCCAAGGCUGGAAGGCCUUUCAGCGGCGCCUGUCCUUGAUUGCGCUGAUCAAAGCGCCGUCGGUCGGCUCGUCAACCUCGGCUAGCCCGGCCACAUUCGGAAAAUAAAACGGUGUUUGUGUCGAGA